UUAGCUUUUUGUUGUGAUUUGAUCUAAAGACAAAAAGGUUGAAGAAGCAGAAGAAGAAUUCAAGGAUUACUUGUACUGAAGAGACUCAAUGCUUGACAGAACCUUCCUUGCUUAUUCAGAGAUGUCAACAACGGUUAUGAACGAUACAAUUAUGAUGCCAGCAACCUCAACCGAAUUAGUGUUAGCAAAGUGCGAUUGUUGCGAAUUGACGGAGGAGUGUACCCCAGAGUACAUAAGAAAUAUUCGAGCAAGGUAUAACGGUAACUGGAUGUGCGGAUUGUGUGAAGAGGCGGUUAAGGACGAAAUGGUAAGGAGCGGAAGGCUAAUCAACACGGAAGAAGCUAUGACGCGUCAUAUGAACUUUUGCCGAAAAUCAACAUCGCCGGAUCCACCGUUGAGUCCGGCUAUUGAUUUAAUCGAAGCAAUGAGACGGUUUAUCCGGCGAGGUUUGGAUUCACCUAGAGCGUUAAGGUCUGUGCCGAGUAGUCCGUUAAGGAGUACGGGUAGUGUUCGGCUCAGUCGGUCUGAGAGUUGUAUAGCGAAUCUUGCGAUUGAAUCAUCGUCUUAUGUGGAUUUGCAAGAAUUGAUGAACUGAUAAACAAAAGGGUAUAUAUGACUUUAUUUCAUUUGUUAGUUGAAUACUCUUGUAUGAUGUUA